UUGAAUAUUAUAAAAUAGAUAAUGGUUGUUAUCUUAAACGGCGACAGCGCGGAUAUCUUAUUAAUCAUUUUAGAUAUAAUGUUAAUACACAGCCGGAAAAUUAUUUCUUUGCGUUAUUGCUUAUGUUUAAACCAUGGCGAAAAUUAGAGGAUCUUAAAAAUGAAUGCGAUACUUAUACCGAAUCGUUUCACAAAGUAAAACUGCAUCUUGUAGAAGCAUUGCAAUAUCAUGAAAGAUUAGAAGAAUUGCAAAAAGCAUUUGAAACUGCAAAACAGUUAGUUCAGCAAUGCUUAGAUGACGAUUUGCAAAAAGAGCAGUCUCAGGAUGAUCCUGAAAAUGCAAUAGGUAUUCAAAAUAUAGAGGCUGGUGAAGCAAUGCAAGAUUUUAAAGAUCUUGGUGAUAGAGCAAUUCAAGAAAUUGAUGUAUCUGACAUGAUAGUAAAAUUAAAUACGGAUCAAAAACGAGUAUUUGAUAAAGUUACCAAUGUUGUAGAGUCCGAUAAAUCAAUAUUACGAUUAUAUGUUAGCGGAGAAGGUGGUACUGGAAAAAGUUUCUUAAUCAAGACUAUUAAAUGCUGGAUAAAACAAAAUCUCAACAAAGAUACUGCUGUAACAGCACCUACUGGUAUAGCAGCAUUUAAUAUAGAUGGUUUGACAGUUCAUAGAUUGCUUCAAUUACCCGUUGAACAUGGUCAAACUCCUAAGUAUAAACAAUUAUCUGAUUGUGUAUUAAAAGUUUUACGAACAGAUCUUAAAGAUGUUAUUCUUUUCGUAAUUGAUGAAGUGUCAAUGAUAUCUAAUUUGACUUUAAUAUAUAUUCAUCUUCGAUUGUCUGAGAUAUUUGAUACUAGUGAUUGCGAUGAUGGUUGGUUUGGUCGAAAGCAUAUUCUUUUAUUCGGAGACUUGCUUCAAUUGCCUCCUGUACGCGAAGAUCUUAUCUUUACACAUUUAUCCGAUCAAAAAAUUGCUAAUUAUCUUGGUUCUUUAAAUGCUGUUAAUUUAUGGAUUACAUUAUUUGAAUAUGAUGAAUUGAUAAUCAAUAUGCGUCAGCAAGGAGAUAAUUCAUACCGUGAAUUAUUGUCGCGAAUUCGUAUUGGUUUAGUGACAAAAUCUGAUUGUAAAAUUCUAGAGAGUAGAAAAAUAUCUUUCAAAGCUGAUUCUUUCGAAUCUAGAUUAAAUGAAUUAUGUGAUUUUAUUAACAGUUUAUCAUCGGACACUGUUUGUUUAUUUCCUACUUGUAAUAUGUGUGAUGUCCUUAAUAAUGCAAUGUUAAGUCGCAUUACUUCCAAAGAAAUAUUAUUAAUUGCUGAAGAUACGAUUGAUUGUACAUCAUAUGUAAAAAAGAAAGUAUUAAAAGUAUUGUCAAAUAACGAUGAUGAUAGUUCUCGAACAGCUGGACUUUCAAAACAAAUUACAAUUAAAAUUGGAGCAAAAGUUAUGAUUCGGCGUAACAUCGAUGCCAGUUUGGGUCUUGUAAACGGUACAAUUGCUAAAGUAAUUUCAAUUGUACGAGAAACAUCUACUGAUGACGUAGAAAAGAUUAAACUUCUUUUACCAUCAGGUUUAGAAUAUGAAAUUAAGAAUAUGAAAGAGUAACGGCUAA